GCAGGUUCAUGCGACAUUCGAUACCAACAACAAAUCAAGGCCAACUUCGCAGCUAAAACGUUGCUCGCUACAGCAAAACUUUUCAACUGUUGGACCUCGGUGAGUCAACCGUACAGUGAACAAUCUGCGAUUGUCGUAAGCUGAAUACAGGUAAAUAUCUUCUCCCAGCACCCCGGCACAUCGUCAUCUUUGUCCGCGUCUUGUUUGGGUUCAAAGUUUCAUCAGCAACAUACGUGUCUUUCGGGCGGCUAUUUGAGGCGCAUCCGUACGUUCUAUGCACGACAUUGCCUGCUGAUCACACACCGCGUUGAGACCUUUCUGUGAACCCUUGCAAUAUACCGGAACAAGUUCGUGUCGUGCAUAUAGUGAAGCAACAAGAAAAGGCAACGCGUUCCCCAUUUGUGAUAUUUAUAGAUUCCGUGCCGCUGUUCACAUUCUAAAAAACUUGAUAAAGCGCAUCAACACAAUCCUACCGAAAUGACUCUCGUCUGGGGCAUUAUUGCAUCGUUCCUGUACGUGGAAAUAUUUGUGGUGCUACUGCUCGUACUACCGCUCCGGAGCCCACAGCAAUGGCAUCGAUUUUUCAAAUCCCGCUUCCUGGCGAUGCUGAGCCGCCAAGCCCAGACCUAUUUCUAUCUGCUGCUCGCUGUAUUGGUGCUGUUCCUCCUGGAAGCGAUCCGCGAGAUGCGUAAAUACUCCUCCAACGAUCAUACGCACACCGAAACGCACCUGAAUGUGGAGAUGCAGCACAGUAUGCGAUUGUUCCGUGCCCAGCGUAACUUUUACAUUUCCGGCUUUGCCAUCUUCCUGUCGCUGGUGAUUCGUCGGCUGGUAUCACUGAUUAGCGGCCAGGCUGUUUUGCUCGCACAGGCAGAAGCUUCGAUGAAGCAGGCGCAAAGUGCUACCAGCGCCGCUCGCACACUGAUGAAUCAGCAGAAGGAUGGCGAUAAGAAAGCGGAUGCCAAGGACAAACCGGCUGGCGAUGCACCAAAUACCGAUGAGCUAAAGAAGAAGGUCGCCGAGCUUGAGCAGGAACUGGCCAAGGAGCGCAAGGAUAAGGAGGCCAUGAAAUCACAAUCGGAAAGUCUAAACCGCGAAUACGAUCGACUAACGGAAGAGUACAGCAAACUGCAGAAGAAGAUCACCGUUUCCAGCGCAGAUAAGAGUGAUUAAGUUUUUUGGCAAAAUUUUCUUUUCAUAAUUAAUUGGCAUCUUGAAUUUUUAUACGUACGGUUUAAGGUUUUGGGCUAUUUAUGGCGUGGAGUAUUGCGUGCGUACUUGUCUUUUCUACCAAUUAUGCUCAUCAUUCAUGUAUAAAUCUAAGUGAUGUUCCAUUACACAUUGUUUGCGACAAAUUUAAAGUUCACUUUAAAAACUAGCUUUUGUUUUUGUUUUUCUAUAACAUUCAUUUUCUUCUAUUUAAUUGUCGUAUGCAUGUAAUAAUUCACGGAUUUACGAUCCUUUUUGCGGGCGAUGGCCGAUUGCAUAAACAACCAAAACUUUGCAAGGAAUAACUUAAAGAGAGUGGAUUGUAUUGCACCUCAGAUAGAAGAGUUGUUUCUUCGGACAGAGUAAUAUGGAACGAAGGCACUGAAUUUUCGAACGAUAAAACAAAUUCUUUCUUCUUGCAACAAAAAAAAAACAAACAAAAAUAUUGUAUGAGAGACGCUGAACUAGGACAAAA